GGAGACUGGAGUAUGCGAGUGGCGGUGCGUGAGGCAGGUUGUGGUGUGCGGGAUGUGCCUAAGGAGUCAUUAAGCCCACAGUUCCCUCGCGAGGAGCCAAAGACUUGCACAGUAGCCACAAAGUGAAGGUCGUGUGGGUAGUGGCGAGUGGCAGAGUCGUGGUGCAGUGGUGGGCGCGGCGUGUGGUGGGCGCGGCGAGAGUGGCGGCGGCCUGGCAGAUGGCGGCGCCUCCUGGCCUCUAUUGAUAUACCACGCCGCCACCCUCAGACCACAGCAUGAGUGGAGAAGGAGGGGAGGAAGACAAUGUGGUGACCACAGAGACCACGUCCCCUGCUUCUGUUAGUGCGUCCACCACCACCACCACCAUCACUACGGUCAUCAACAACACCUUCAGCACUGCUGGCACCACACAGGCCCCAGACACCUCACAGCCAACACUUCCCCUACAUUCAUCCACACCCACAACCACGGCCCCUACCUCUCUUGGUGAGGUUGUGUCCUUGUCAUCCAACACAACAUCAGCACCAUCAACACCAUCAAUAACCACCACUACCACAACCACCACCACACUUUUGCCAGCACCUGUCACUCUUGUCUCAUCGUCAUUCACGUCAACAACCACAUCCACGUGUCUUACAACAACACCAACACCAAUAGCAAUAUGUAAGAGUAAAUCUGAAGAGGAAGAGGCAGAAGAAGAGGAAGGCACAGCUGAUGAACCCUGCACUUCAUUGGAAAAGGUUCACAUUUCUUCAGAGCAACUCUCAGCUAUCUCAAAGGAAGAGUUAGCAGAAAAGUGGUUGCUGCAAGAAAAAUUCAUUGAAAGUUUACAAAGCAGAAUAGAUGCCCUGGAAAGAGAAGUGGAGGAGCUGCGCGGCACCCGGGAGAAUGAGGAGCGGCUGAAGGGGCAGCUGGCAGAGCUGCAGCGCAAAGAACAGUACCACAUCAUGAGGCUUUCCUGUAAGGAGCAUGAACUUCAAGAAAUGGGGGCACAAGUGCAGGAGCUUAAGAACAUGUCUGCUGGAGUUGGGGGCCUUAAGCACUGCCUGCUGGAUCCUGCUGUCAACCUUCUCUUUGAGAGACUCAAACGAGACCUGGACUCUGCACGCGCCAAGAUGGAGGAGACCCAGAGUGAACUGUCAGCCUGGAAGUUCACUCCCGAUAGUAACACCGGGAAGCAGCUGAUGGCCAAAUGUCGCCUCCUCAUCAAGGAGAAUGAGGAGCUUGGUCGCAUGAUCACCUCAGGACGGCUGGCAAAGCUGGAAGGUGAUCUGGCGCUGCAAAGGAAUUUUAGUGAGGAACUAAAAAAAUCUCAGUCAGAACUCGAUGAAUUUCUGCUGGAGAUGGACGAAGACACUGAGGGUAUGCAAGGGACCAUUUACUACCUCCAACAACAGUUAAGGCAAGCUAAGGAGCGUAUAACUCAACUGAAUUCCCAGUUAGCAUUGACUCAAACCCCUGACACUCAGUCUACUGAUGAGGGGAGUGCACCUGUGGUUAUGGAGGCAGGAAGUGAAUUAAACAAUGAGGCAGAACGGACAGAGGAAAGAACAUUGGUGCCACAACCCAAUGGUGAUGCUCCCCAUGAUGAGCCUCAGACAAAUGAUGAAUCAUCAGCUGUGGACACAACUGGAGUUAAUCCACUAACUAAUGGGCGAAAACGGACGCAGAGUGAAAUUGAUGAUGGCUCAGAAUUAGCUGAUAGUCAGGAUGCCAGAGAAGACAAUGUUGUUGAGGUUGAGGGAUUGCCUCCUCAAAAACGGACAAGAACUGACGGUGGAGAAGGUGAGGGAGAGGAGGGCAUCUUACCACUAAUGGAAAAUGGUGUGAUGGAGUCAGAGUAGGGUUUUCAGGGUUUAAGACAGGGAUAAGUCCCAACCAGACCUCUCACUCUGACCCUUCCUGUGGCGAGUUUUGUUGGCCCACUCCUGUCUGCUUCUCCGGCCCAGCAGUCUCUUUGCACUACCGUAACUGUCCAAAUUUUGUAUAGACAAGAUAUCAUUUUUGUAUAGCUGUUUAAAACUCAGUGGUGACAACACUUACAGACCUUGCUUGACUGGCUGGAGUUGGCUGGCUACCUUUAUAAGUCCAUGAUGUCACAAAGGUACCCCAACCUCCAUGCCCAGAAAAUGGCCAUUCUCCAGACACUAUUGAUGUGGACUCAACUGGCACAUAGCAUUUCCAGUUCUGCAGUGCUGUGUAAGUGUUCAUGUCCUGAAGUUUUAAGAUUUUAUUAUAACCUUGGAAACUUUUAUUUAUCAGUUCAGUAUUGAGCUUUUGUAUAGUGAAUUCAAAGUUUGACAUUUAUUGGUUAAUAUUUUAAAUUCAUGCAUUUUCAGGAUUUUGUUGUUGACUCUUAAGUCUGGCAUGUAUUUUUAAAAUAUACUUUUAUAGAAAAACAGAGGACAUUGUUUAUAUUUAAUUUGUGCAAUUGAAUAGUGAAUAGAAAAGUCUUUGUACAGACAGCAUCACCACUGGAAGUGUAUUUUUGCUUAUGCUUGGAUCUCUUCAUCUCUAGCUCAUGCCUAUCAUUGUUUUAUUUUUUUUUUUUUCUACAUUUUUUAUUUGUUUGAUUUUUUAUUAUAUGCAAGUGCAUUACUUAAAUGAAUUGAUUUGUUUCAUUGCAAUUUCAUGGUAAGUGAUCAUAACACUUAUUUUGGUCUUAAAAUGUUCUGUUCUGUCAUCUCUAAUGCAAAACUUCUAUUAAACAUAAAUGCAAAUUUUGAAAUUGGAUUCCAUUUACUAAUUUUAAUGCUUUUUCUAAAAACCAAGUCAUGCAAGGCUGUCCAUGUUGCAUAUAACUCCAUCUGCACUGUGUUGGUUGAAUGUGUAAGAACUGUAAAUAGCAGGGUGCGGCAUGUGAAGCCGUGUGUUCCCCUUGUCAUCAUCAGGGCUGCUUCAUUCUGUAGGGUGUCAGGCUCAUGGUUCUUGAUGUUGAAAAUUGUCACUUGGUACUGAAUUCACAGGUGUUGGAAAAUUCUUCAUUUUUAGUAUAUAUGUGUGCAAUUUUUGGAAAAAUGUGAUUGUUUACUUAUUUGUAGCUGUAACAUGUGACACUCAAGGUUCUCAAGUUUCUAGAGCAUUUUUGUUUUUAUUUACAAAUAGAAAUAGUAUUAGCAACAUACAUCAAUUUCAACUUCAAGAUUUACAACUUGAAGACUGUGUGUAUAUGAAGCAAAAGUUGUAGCUAGGUGUUUUGAAAUAAUUUUUUGUCCAGAGAAUAGCCUUGACUGUAAUAUAAUUGAGGUCAGCUCACGUGGAGGAGAACGUACCACCAUCUAUAGAAUACAAAAUCUUGACAUUGCUAGUCUUCAUUUGGACUAGAGCAAAUUGACCUGAUCCACAUUUUAAGAGUACAAUAUAAUCUAACUUUUCAGUAUACAUACUGCAAACAUUUAAUUACUGAAAACUUAUGGCUGUGAAAAAAUGAAUGAGUGCAUGGAAAGACAUACACCAUAUAUUUGUCAUUUUGCCUCUUCCAAUUUUAAGUCAACCAUAGGUAUUACAGUUUAUUUUGCCAAUGAAUACAGAAUUGCAAGUAC